UUUACAUAUUGUUACCGGAGUUUAUGGUCGUCUCCUCUGCCCCUUGAUUAUGUCUGAUGAUAUUUCAUGUGUAUAUAGUCUCAAGAAUAGCAUAGCAACUUCUGAACUAUGCAGGAUAGCUGAUUGUAUGUUAAUAAAAAAAAUUAUUGCUUAUUUUAGUGCAACUCAUAUUUAUUUCUGCCUCCACCACCGAUUAUGUCAUUUCCUCACGCAAGUUCGACAUGUAGAAAAGAUUGGUAAAUGUUCCUAAUACAGCAAUUUCCCGAGCAAAUUAUUUUUUUUCCUUUUACAUGUUUCUUAAACAUGGAGCUGUCACAUUUUUGAAAAAAUCUCAGAAUUGGUAUACCAUGUUCCUUAAUAAUCAUAAAGCCAAGCAAAUGGACCUGAGAGAUCUCUUCAUUUCAAAAAAGCAGAUCUUAUGUUCCAGUUAGAGGUUUGAGAUUUGAGCAGAGUCUAUGGUCCAGGAAUCUGGAUUAUAUGGUUCAGAAUAUUCUCCUUCAUUUUUUCAUGAAUGCAGAGGGCUGAUUUUAUUUGUUAAAAAUGUUGCAUUUUUCAGUCUAAUAUAUGACAAAGUCCCUGCAGUUUUGGUCACUUUUGGCUAAACGUAUUUCUUAGUUCUUACAACACUUUUUUCCCUCUAUAAUAUUUUUCUUGAUAGACAUUUGCCAUUUGUAAUAUUCUUUGUCUGUUAGAAAUGUUGCAAUUAUACAUCGUAUAUGACGAGUUCCAGCAGUAUUAGACUAUUAGCCAACUUUAUUGUUUUCAACCCUUCUUUUUCCCAUGUUAUAUUGCUUGGUAAACUUUUUCCAUUUGCAAUAUCUUCUUGAAGAUUGAUACCGGAGGCGCCGAUGAAGAAUCUGACAGCUCGGACUCAGAAUCUAAUGAUGUCUUAGACUUAAGUAAGAUUCUGAGUUGAGGCUUGUGCCGGAAGAUCAUAGUCAAUAUAUUGGACAUACUUUUUGGUGUAUUCUGCGAAUGUGCUGAGUUGAAUCCAGAUCCUAUUGAGAGUGAAGAAGAAGAAGAGCAUAAUUGGGUUUUUAGUGCUGAUCAGGUGGUUACUGAUGGCGCAGAUAUUAACAGAGGUGGAUGACUCGGAAUGGAAUGGCGUCUUGGCUCCAACCAGCUCAAUUGGCUAUUCAAAUGGAGAUAACGACUUGGCCCGUACCGCGCUUCAGGUUAUAUUUCUGUCGCUAUUUCUUUUUAAUUGGCUUGUAUAAUUCUUAAACUACUGCUGGUUGAUCCUGUUAUAAUAAUCUUUUUUAUUCCUCCUUCCUAUUAAGUCGCAAUACUAAAUUCUAGAGUCUUUUUAGGUUGACCUGUGCUGUUGGGGCCUGUCAUUUAGGAUUGAUGUGAUCAUGUUAAUAAUAAAUUGUAUCGGGUUUGAAUUUAGUAUGACUGGAAUGAGAAGAAUCAUUCGAGCUCAUUUAGAAGCCAAAAGGUUCCGUUCUCCUGCUUUCACGGGAAGUAAACGCUAAUAAAAAUUACUUUUAGAAGUUACGAAUAAAAUUAUACAAAUAGAGAGAGUACAAUCUACUUCUUUCAUAUAACUAUGGAUGUAGAUAUUUAUUCACCGGAAGUACUGAAAGUGACUUACUUGCUCAUCUUGUAUGUUACAUAUAUAAACUUUUAAUUUGAGAUAUGAAUUUGAUUGUUAGUUGAUUUGUUUUGCUAGAUAUGAUGUAACAUGGAACUGCAUUGUUAUUUACAUUGUGUACAGAUUUUAGGACACUAACUAUAACUAACAUAGUGAAUAGCAGACAAUAGGAUUUUCAUGUGAAGAGCUCCUGACCACGAAGUUGGUAUAUGAUUGAUACCGGAGGCGCCGAUGAAGAAUCUGACAGCUCGGACUCAGAAUCUAAUGAUGUCUUAGACUUAAGUAAGAUUCUGAGUUGAGGCUUGUGCCGGAAGAUCAUAGUCAAUAUAUUGGACAUACUUUUUGGUGUAUUCUGCGAAUGUGCUGAGUUGAAUCCAGAUCCUAUUGAGAGUGAAGAAGAAGAAGAGCAUAAUUGGGUUUUUAGUGCUGAUCAGGUGGUUACUGAUGGCGCAGAUAUUAACAGAGGUGGAUGACUCGGAAUGGAAUGGCGUCUUGGCUCCAACCAGCUCAAUUGGCUAUUCAAAUGGAGAUAACGACUUGGCCCGUACCGCGCUUCAGGUUAUAUUUCUGUCGCUAUUUCUUUUUAAUUGGCUUGUAUAAUUCUUAAACUACUGCUGGUUGAUCCUGUUAUAAUAAUCUUUUUUAUUCCUCCUUCCUAUUAAGUCGCAAUACUAAAUUCUAGAGUCUUUUUAGGUUGACCUGUGCUGUUGGGGCCUGUCAUUUAGGAUUGAUGUGAUCAUGUUAAUAAUAAAUUGUAUCGGGUUUGAAUUUAGUAUGACUGGAAUGAGAAGAAUCAUUCGAGCUCAUUUAGAAGCCAAAAGGUUCCGUUCUCCUGCUUUCACGGGAAGUAAACGCUAAUAAAAAUUACUUUUAGAAGUUACGAAUAAAAUUAUACAAAUAGAGAGAGUACAAUCUACUUCUUUCAUAUAACUAUGGAUGUAGAUAUUUAUUCACCGGAAGUACUGAAAGUGACUUACUUGCUCAUCUUGUAUGUUACAUAUAUAAACUUUUAAUUUGAGAUAUGAAUUUGAUUGUUAGUUGAUUUGUUUUGCUAGAUAUGAUGUAACAUGGAACUGCAUUGUUAUUUACAUUGUGUACAGAUUUUAGGACACUAACUAUAACUAACAUAGUGAAUAGCAGACAAUAGGAUUUUCAUGUGAAGAGCUCCUGACCACGAAGUUGGUAUAUGGUGAGUUGCAGAUCGUUUGUUUCAUAAAUUGAAAGCACAGGUACAGGUAACGACUUGAUUUAAGACUUGAAUGAGUUGGAUAAAAGUCAGGUGACUAUUGUAAUGUUUUCACAAGUUAGUUAAUUAUCGCAAUAUCAUAUUUUUGCUUAGCAAGUUUAAUUUUUUUAUCGUGUUUAUUAUGGUAAGGUCUUAAAUUUCUUAAACAUGGAGCUGUCACAUUUUUGAAAAAAUCUCAGAAUUGGUAUACCAUGUUCCUUAAUAAUCAUAAAGCCAAGCAAAUGGACCUGAGAGAUCUCUUCAUUUCAAAAAAGCAGAUCUUAUGUUCCAGUUAGAGGUUUGAGAUUUGAGCAGAGUCUAUGGUCCAGGAAUCUGGAUUAUAUGGUUCAGAAUAUUCUCCUUCAUUUUUUCAUGAAUGCAGAGGGCUGAUUUUAUUUGUUAGAAAUGUUGCAUUUUUCAGUCUAAUAUAUGACAAAGUCCCUGCAGUUUUGGUCACUUUUGGCUAAACGUAUUUCUUAGUUCUUACAACACUUUUUUCCCUCUAUAAUAUUUUUCUUGAUAGACAUUUGCCAUUUGUAAUAUUCUUUGUCUGUUAGAAAUGUUGCAAUUUUACAUCGUAUAUGACGAGUUCCAGCAGUAUUAGACUAUUAGCCAACUUUAUUGUUUUCAACCCUUCUUUUUCCCAUGUUAUAUUGCUUGGUAAACUUUUUCCAUUUGCAAUAUCUUCUUGAAGAUUGAUACCGGAGGCGCCGAUGAAGAAUCUGACAGCUCGGACUCAGAAUCUAAUGAUGUCUUAGACUUAAGUAAGAUUCUGAGUUGAGGCUUGUGCCGGAAGAUCAUAGUCAAUAUAUUGGACAUACUUUUUGGUGUAUUCUGCGAAUGUGCUGAGUUGAAUCCAGAUCCUAUUGAGAGUGAAGAAGAAGAAGAGCAUAAUUGGGUUUUUAGUGCUGAUCAGGUGGUUACUGAUGGCGCAGAUAUUAACAGAGGUGGAUGACUCGGAAUGGAAUGGCGUCUUGGCUCCAACCAGCUCAAUUGGCUAUUCAAAUGGAGAUAACGACUUGGCCCGUACCGCGCUUCAGACAAUAGGAUUUUCAUGUGAAGAGCUCCUGACCACGAAGUUGGUAUAUGGAACUUUCGAAUUUAUGAAGAGGGUUGUUAACAGCAACAAACUGAAGAGGUUAAGAAGGAGCUUACAACUACAAAUUUUAAUAUCUCACUUUCAAAGCAUAGAAGCCAACAUGCUCUCAGAAAAUUGUACCAUGAAAGUCGCGGUGCUUAUAUGUAUUCUAUACAUAUCACCGACCUGUGAUCCCAGGAGGACCUUGAAGCCAAUCCCCACCAAGUUACAAAUUUUUUUUGACAUUUCAUAUGUAUUUCAGACUAUUAUAACAUGUCAGAUUAUAGUAUGACUUGAGGACGAGAAUUUUGUGGCUAAUAAGUUUGUGUUUUAUAUGCUUACUCUUGAGAUAUGAGUCGUCUUAUGUGGAUUUCAUUUUUUCUAUACUUGGGUUCUGGCAUUGUUUUAAGGUCAGUACAUAAGGGUUUGGAACGAAGAUCAUCUAAAAUCUAACUAUCUUACUUGAACAAUGCUUUAAAGAGACAAAUCAUGCAGAACACUUUCAAGACUUGGGUGGAUGAUAUAUACUAUGUGUUAUAGAAAGUAUGAACGUAUCUAAUUUGAUGCUAAUCUUUUUAUAGUUCUCUACAAUUAUCGAGAAUGGGACCUCUACAAGGAUCGACAUUAUGGUCUCGCUCGAAGCACCCUCUUCGCGGAUAGAAAUUCAUACAAGAGGUCGGCAUACGAUUAAUAUACAACCCAAACCAGCAAAACCAGCGAAACACCUUUUUUAAUCAGAAACAUAUUCAGUUAUGUAACGAUGCCCGUGCCUUGCACGGGCUUUUACGCUAGUUAUAUA